CCAUUAAAUGGCCCUUCAAAAAACUAUGGUUCUUCCCAUGGCUACAACUAUAUAAACCUUUUUCCUUUCCACUUUCUAUCACCAUCCAUAUGCUCUCUUUUUCUCUUCACUACUUAGUUUAGCACAUUCAACUCUGUCUCUCUCCCUUUCUCUUCCCCAUGAAUAAAAAUAUGAAGGGUAAGUUCGUACAGGCAUGCUUGAACAAAUGGAGGAAGAUGGGGAGCAGAGUCAUACCUUGCGCAGCAUGUGAGUACUGUUAUCAAUGGGGUUUUUGGUCCGCCAACGAAGGUAGCUCAAUUCCAAGAGAUGUCCCAAAGGGUCACUUAGUUGUGUAUGUAGGACAGAACCAUAAGAGAUUUGUGAUAAAAAUUACCUUACUCAAGCACCCACUCUUCAAGGCAUUGUUGGACCAAGCCCAGGAUGAAUAUGACUUCACCACUGACUCCAAACUCUGCAUUCCUUGUGACGAAAACAUCUUCCUCGAGGUAGUUCGAUGUGCUGCCUCACCGCUGCAGGAUCGGAGAACUUCUCUCUGUCUUUAGGAAUUCUUCAAUUGUGCUUUAGAAAAAUUUGAUUGAUUCAUGAGACUCAAGGUCUAAUGAGAAAGUUAAAUUUAUAUGCAA